GUGUAAGUAAUCAUUAAAUAUUAACGUAUAUUAAAACAUGUCUCUUGAACCUAAUAAAGCCUCCUGGGCAUAUCGUCUGCUGUGAUUCCGCAACGUCAGUGGUAUACAUGGAAUAAAAGUUUAUGUUUAAAUGCACAAGAUAAGUCAACUUUUGCUGUUGACAAACAUCUUGCAAGUGCGUCCUGCUUCAUCAGUCUUCACUUUUCUGGGAAUGGGAGAGAGUACAUCAAAAACAAACUUGCCCACCAAGGAGCAGGCACUCCCUGGGCGGUCUGAGAAGAUAGUGGUGUCUAACAAACACACUGUUUUUGGCACCACAACUGUACCACCCUUCCCUAAUGAAAUGAAAAUGGCAAUGUUUGGAAUGGGGUGUUUCUGGGGUGUUGAGAGAAAAUUUUGGCAGCAGAAGGGUGUUUACUCCACACAGGUGGGGUAUUCAGCAGGAUUAACACCAAAUCCGACUUACAAGGAGGUGUGCACUGGUCUUACAGGUCAUGCUGAGGUAGUCCGCGUUAUAUUUGACCCAACAAAAAUUUCCUUUGCAGAUCUUCUGAAGGUAUUUUGGGAAAACCAUGACCCUACACAAGGAAUGAGACAGGGCAAUGAUAUUGGGACACAAUAUCGUUCUGGGAUCUACACUUACAGUGAUGACCAGCAGGACCAAGCAGAGAAGUCACGGGAUGUAUAUCAAGAGCUGGUGACGCAAAAAGGUUUUGGCAGGAUUACAACAGAAAUUAAACCUGCAGCAGAAUUUUACUAUGCUGAAGAUUACCAUCAACAGUACCUGGACAAGAACCCCCAUGGGUAUUGUGGAAUAGGUGGCACUGGAGUUUCUUGCCCUAUUGGACUCUUCAAGAAGAGAGAGGAGCUCUAGAUACACACUGGGGGCUACAGAAUGUGAUCUGCAUGUUCUGCUGGAAAAAUUACUUUACAUGCAUUAUAUUAAAUGAUACAUAUUUCUAAAAAUUGGAUAUGAAAAUAUUGGGACUGUUAUUAUAAAAGCAGUUAAAAAGAUGAAGUAGCUGUCACCUUUUAUACAGGGUUCAUGCUGAUUUACUUAUAUUUUGCUACCGUCUAUCCACUAGAUUUUUAAAUGUGACAAAGUUUAAGACUAUGAUAAAGAUUGUUCAGGUUCAGUCUUGAUUAAGUGCUUAUAUAUGAUGUAUGUGAUGACUUCUGCUGUCUCAGUGUCAUAAUUAUAUGCAAAAGAAAUAUAAACUUGUCUACAAAGAGAGUAGAAAGCAGAACAGUGGCAAAUGUUGUUAAAGUUGAGUGCCAGCAAUACAUUGCUAGGCAGUCAAGUUGAGUGAAACAAGCUGUAGAACUUGUCGGAGUCAUGCAGAUUGUGUUUUCAUGUAAGCAUUUCCUCAUCUCUUCAUCUUUUGUCUGAAAAAAGGUAAUGAUGCGACCAUUUGUGCAAAAUUUUACUGAUGGGUACAUAGUCUAUGAGUCCGUGCAACCAUGUGCUCGCAAAAAAUACUGUAGCAUUUGAACAUGCCGUGCUUCCAAAAGAUAAUUUUGGCCAUUGUUCAUGCUGACUUAAAAUUGACCAUCAAGAAUUGCUGCCAAUGAUUGGACAGUUUUCAAACUGACCAUUUGUUGUCCACCAAACCACCUGUUAUUUUGAUCCAGAAAGUAAAUUGGUUAAGGUCGCACAGCCGAAUUGAAGUUUAAAGGAGUCAGAAGAAGCAAGUUGAAAAUGGAGUGAAAUCAACUGUCGACUCAGUUUGAGAUCUGUUUACAACAAAAAAUCUAAAUAAACAGCCUCAGGAAAGCAGUUAUUAACAUAGACAGGAAGAAACAAAAACUGUAUCUUGUGAAUAGUAGGACGCCACAGAGCAGAACAAAUUGUAAAACUGUGUGAAAAUGAUGCUGAUAAAUGAGAGGAUGGGGACAGAGACUGAGACCACAAAGGAACAUGCACCCAGAAGUCAAGCUGCAUAAACUGGUUUCACUUUCAUGGGGAUUUACUUUCCAAUUUUUUGUUCUUGGACUGCUGUGCCUUAUUUAAUACUACACUGCAGACUAUGACAGAAUUCAGCCACCAGAAUCUGUUGUCUUCUUGUAGAUGGUGCCUCGAAGAAAUGUUCUUGUGAAGAUAAAAUGUCAGAGUGAAUUAUUUGGUAACCACAACUUCAGUGAUGCUGUGAUGUGGGAAAAGAGAAACGGAAGACUGUAACCCACACAAGAAGGAUAGUGAAAAAUAUGUCAGACGUACAAGAUUCAGUCUCUCUGAUGGAUGGAAAAUGUAUGAACAUUAUUUUAGGUAUGAUUUGAUCCCUAAUGGUGGAGAAAGAUGAUUAUCAAUAAAAGAGAAAAAGGUUUACAUGCGAUUUUAACUUUAGUUUCUUAUAAUGCAUAAUUUUUCUCUGUAUUCUGUUGUGUAUAAUAUUAUUGUGUGUAUAUAUAUCUCAGAAAAAGAAGUGAAAAAUGUGUUUGCUCAAUGGGCCCACUUUAUUUUUCCAUUGAGAUCCCCGCUUUUUGAAAUCCUGGCUUAACCUCAGAUUAUGGCAAGUGGUUGCAGUCCAGGAAGAUUCAAUGUUUUCAGCUCUGCCUUUCUGUUUGGUUUUCCAUUACCAGGAUUUGAAUCUGGUGAAUUCCUCUGUAAUGAAAGUGGUUGACAUCUAUUCAAACAAGUUUUAGAUAUAGCAUUGUGCUCUUUUUGAUCUGUUGAUAGGUUUCAUCUUUUUCUCCAAAUGUUUGCGAUUAGUCUGGCUUCUUGUUUUUAUUGGGAUGGAGUCCAUUGCAAAACAUCCUUUCUGAGCUGCUAAUAAAACAUGAGGCAUCCUUCUCUUUUGAGGGAAGAAAAUUUUUGAGGGUAGCAUAGCUGACAGCAUUUCUCUAAGGAAUUCUGGAAAUAUGUUUCUGUUAUUUUGAAUGUGUACUUUGUGACUUAUUAGGCUGCUUCAUUGAUACCGCAUGUAUAAAUUCUGACCUACGAACUAAAGAGGGCAUUUAUAUUCAAGCUAGAGUGCGCCUGGCUAUUUUCAGUUUUUUUGUCCCCAGAUGAUGGGUUUGUACUGUAAUUUGGAUUGUCUGAUGUUCCAAAAUACACUUGCUGUAUUAUGUUGAAUGUAUGGGUGGGGAACAUAGUUCUGCAUAAAACUGAUAUUCAGCUGCAUUAAAAUGAUGAAUUUCCACUAUAUCACUGUUGAGGUUUACACAGAAAUAUUAUCAUGAAAAGUUGUACAAGCUUUUGGAAAGUAAUCAGAUUUUUUUGAUGCAACCUUAAAGAAUAAAAAAAUGAAAAAGUU